GGAAAAUUGGGCCAACAAGGUAUUUUAUUCUGAUAAUGGGAGUACCGUCAUGGAAAUUGCAUUAAAGAUGGCAUUAACCGAAAAGCAAUUUGGAAGGAAGUUUUCAUGGAGAUACGAUUGGAGUGUUUGGUUUGCCCCUCCACAGAUAUUAAUGAAAGAUAAUAUAUACAGAAUAAAAUUUACCAACGGUGAUGAAAUUGGUAGGUUUGAUUCAUUAUCAGAGAUAUUUAGCGAGAGUCGAAUCGAAAAGGAUGGAUUAUCAUAUCAUUACAAGCAAAAUAUCGAAAAACGAAUACUUGAUCAUGUGAAUCAAGGAAACAAAUUUGGAGCUUUAAUCAUGGAACCAAUAGUGAUGGGUGCGGGAGGAAUGAUAUUCGUUGAUCCAUUAUAUCAAAAUCAAUUGAUUAAAUCGGUUCGUUCGAUGCUCAAUAUUCCUAUAAUAUUUGAUGAAGUAUUUACAGGAUUUUGGCGAUUGGGUAGAAAAUCCGGUGCCGAAUAUUUAAACGUGAAUCCAGACAUCGCGGCUUACGCAAAGUUAUUAACCGGCGGAUUAUGUCCUUUGGCGGUUACUUUGACGAAUGAACAGAUAUUUAACAAAUUUCUUGGCGAUACAAAAGUUGAUGCCUUACUUCACGGUCAUUCUUAUACCGCACAUCCUAUCGGUUGUUUGGUUGCAAAUACUUCGAUCAAUGAAUAUAUUGAUCUGUUCAAGAAGGAUUUGAAUAAAUCAAGAGAAGAGUGGGAUGAAUCGAACAACGAAAUGUUUAGUGUAUGGAGCAAAACUGGUGUGAGAAAACUUUCUUGUUUACCAAAUGUUAAUGGUGUAUUUGCAUUGGGAACCAUAUUAUCUAUUGAAUUAAAUGAUAAAAGUGGUGGUGGAUAUGGUUCUAACGUUGCCAAACUUUUCACCGAGAAACUUUCCCAGGUUGAACGUAAUUCUAUUGAUGAUUUUGGCAUUAAAACUAGACCUUUGG